ACUUCAUCCUCUUUAUCUCUCUGAAUUAGUUAAAUAAUGAACGUACUGUUAAUUUUCCUGUUCGCUGCUUUUCCUUUUACCCUGGCACAGCAUCAUGUCAAGUGUCCGACUGAGACGAUCCAGGCAGAAGAAGGUGAUGAUGUUACACUUAGGUUUGAUCUGGAUCCCCGGGUCAACCUGGUGAAUUAUACACUGGAUAUCAAGAGAGAUAACAAGAUCAUCCACGUCUAUCGACAUGGAAAGGACCUCACUGAUCCACAGACGGAGCGAUACAGAGACAGAACAACUCUCAUCCAUGAAGACCUGAGCAGAGGAAUCAUGACACUGCAGAUCUCCUCAGUUCAGCUGAAGGACAGUGGACCGUACCGAUGUUUUGUCCCAGGGCUGAGAGCUGGUUGUACCACUGUCCUUAAUGUUGUGAAAAAAGUCCAACACAACAAGACGAGGACAGAUGAUGUCAUGACCACCACCUCGCCACCAAACCCUGAUGCUCAGACGGUGAAUGUCGGUGCUGUUGUUGGUGGAGUUCUUGGUGCUGUUGUUCUAAUUAUUAUUAUCAUCGUCCUGGUGAAACGAGGAAUCAUCAGAGGAGUGUGGAGAAGCUGUGAGGAAGAAGGAACAGGAACCAGAGAUGGAAGCAAACUGACCUCAAAUGGAGUAUUGAUCAUCCAAGCAGCAGAAAACCGCUCAUGAAACAUCAUCACAGUGUGAACAUUGAACUAACCAGAGGCUGUAUGUAAAAGGCUAAAGACUAAAAGACUAAAAUGAAUCACUGAAUUUACAAAACCCAUUCAACAUUGCAGGCGAUGUUGUUAAUCUUUUAUUAUUUUAACCCACUGAGGAACAAUCCACAAAUAUUUGACAUGAUCCAAAAACGUCUCACUAUCCACAAACAUGUAGUUUUGAUGAUAUGAAAUGAUACUAAACUACAUGUUUAGUGAUAUUUAUGGAAUUGUGGAUCAAGGUUUUGCACAGUUAUGGUUUGCUUCCUGUUGGUUUGUCUGGUGACAUUUGUGACCUCCCUCCUAUUUGCAUAUUUUAUUCUGUUAUUACAGCAGCUGAUCAAUAGGAAAUAAAGUUACCAGCUAAACCAGCAGGUGGCGACUUUCCCUGACAUGAGCUUGAACUAGUAUCUGCAGUAAAGUAAAAAGUGAUUUUUUUUAUGAGAGAUCAUGUUUGGCACUGAUAUGCACCUA